UGCAAUUUAACUCAGUGCAUUAUAUUACAUCUAAUAGGAUAGUUUCUUUAAAGUCUAAACCAGAGGAUAUAGUGACAUGCUCAUUCCAUAUCUGCUCCUUACAGAAAAUAGGAUACAUCUACUUGGAUAUGCACAUUAUUUUUUGUGCUCACAGUCAAAAACAGAUUGUCAAAACAACAUCAUCGUAGAAUUUUUCAUUCAUAAUGCACUCCUUGACAGACAUUGGAGCUAGUAAAUAAUUCUUUAAGUCUAAAAACCCGAACUUUGAACAUAACUCUCCUUUUGUGGUCUAUUUAUUUUCUAGCGUGCAGGCCUAAUUUAGGCCAUCUAUGUCAGAAGUAAUUAGAGAAAGUGUUUUAUACUAGCCUCCACAGGCUGACGGAAUGAGUCACCACAAGCUAGGGACAGGACCCUUAUUCAGAACUAAUUAAAGAAACAUUUGCAUAGUGUGAAAAUAAAUCUUGGAGGCCAACAGAGACAUUUCAAAUAUUCCUGAGAAAAUUUCUGGAUGAUGCUUCGACUACAUUACAAGUACAUGAGGGGGUCAUUACUGGUGAAUGUUAUAGCGAUCUGCUGCAGUAUUUCUAUGUUCACUUACAUGUUCUUCAAUGGAUAUCCACGGACAGUUAUUUACCUUUACAGACUAUCUAACGCUACAGAUCUCUACCCUCCUCUGCGGAAAGAUGUUAUCGAAGCUGUUUCAAUGCUCAGUAAGACAAAGCUACGGAAUAUUCAGCAAUUCACAGAGUAUGAAGCCAUGACAAUGCCAGACUCUAAUCCACACAGUAUAAGUAGGCGCAAUAUACAGGCGUCAAAAGUACCAUCGUCAAUUGUCGACCAAGAAGGAUUCUUAAUCAAUCAAAGAGUGUGUGAUGACGACACUGUUAUGGUUGUUGUAGUAUGCUCUGCUGUUUAUAGAUUUGAACAAAGGAAAGUAAUUCGGAAAACUUGGGCUAGCGUCACAAAGGACCCUUUAUUAAGGACAAAAUUAGUAUUCAUGUUAGCGGUUCACCCUGAUCCAUACAUGCAGAAAUAUGUAAUUGAAGAGAGUGUUAAACAUGAGGACAUCAUACAAGACAAUUUUAUAGACUCGUAUCAAAAUCUCAGUUUGAAAUCAAUAGGCAUGUUAAAGUGGUUUGGGGAAUCAUCUUGUCGCAAUGUAAAAUAUUUAUUAAAAACAGACGAUGAUAUGUUUGUUAACAUUCCAAACCUGCUCAAGGACAUUGCAUUUAGAGAAAGUUUCCAACCCAUAAAAUGGACAAUUAUGGGACAUCUACAGAUAGGAGCCCGUCCGGAUUUAGAUCCACAAUCUAAAUGGUUCACCCCCAAAUCUAAAUUCCAUAAAAAGACUUACCCAGACUAUUGUUCAGGGACUGCAUAUGUUUUAACAAAUGACAUUAUAAAUGCCUUAUAUAAAGCUGCUUUGAACACCCCUAUAUUCUGGCUUGAAGAUGUGUACAUCACGGGAAUACUUGCAGAAAAAGUUAAAGCAAAACAUAUCCAAAAUCACAAAUUUGACUCUGUUGGGCGUGAAAGGGACCCGUGUGUUUUACGGACUAUCAUAAGUGUUCAUAGAGUGAAUUCCAUAGACUUACAAAAGAUUUGGACAGGCAUUAACAAUGAUAGCUUAAUCUGUGAUUACCCAACUGCAACCAAUGUCGACAAUAUAAAUGUUAGAGAUUUAAAAUUACAUAAAAAUAAACCAAAAAGAUGAUAUUUUGCCACAUCUCCUAGUAAGUGCUUCGAAGCUUAAAAUGAAAAAAGGAAGAAUUUAUCUAAUCUAAUUAUUUUACCUGGAACAAUAAAUGUGUUUCAAU